AUGAGCACCGCCAGCGAGUGGACAUGGUACGUCAAUGGCAUCAAAGAAGUGCUGUACUCAGAACGUCCUCAUGUCAAGUGCACCCUCGAUGAGGAGAAAAACACCUUACUAAAUUGGGUAUACUACCACGAUGUGAUGAAACAAUUCAGCAUCCGGCACUGGAAAACGACACCAAGAGACAAGAGUGAACCGUCGAUAACCCAGCCACAGCUCCAAGACGAUAGUAACCGCAAGCAAAUCUCCCAACAGGACCUUCUGGUUUGCCACAGAGUGACGCCGUCGGCGCCAUGGAUAACAGUGAUAUUGAAACUGAUGUCAGAGCUUUGCGACACGGUACCGACGAAACCGCGUCUUGAGACUAUGAAUGCGCAAGACUUGGAAGAAUUUGCAAACCGUAUCAGGAUUCUCGACUGGCGGAUUCGAAACGUCCCAGUGCCGUCGGCAGCUGAGAAGAUCAGCUCGAGCGUCCGCCUCUACCAGCUCGCCAUGCUAAUCUACCUCAACCGAGUCACCGCGAACAUUCUUCAUCAAGCGUCGAAAAUACAAGAUUACAUUGACAACGCAUUUACUUUGCUGGCGGAGCUAGAAACGUGCAAACCACACUUUCCGAUGUACAUAAUAGGCUGGGAGGCAAGCACGGAUGAACAACGUGCGACAGUACUUGAGUUGCUGGGGCGGACGAAGAAAGAUCCGUCGUCACGAUCGAUGUUCCAUGUGGAGGUAUUGGUGCAGGCCGGAUGGACGCAAGACGACCUUGCCGAGGGAGAGCUGAAUUAUUGGGAUAAGGUGACCACUCUGAUUAGUGUCUGCUCCACUAUGCCUAGCUUCGUGUAG